AUGAUCACCACAGCAAACGCUGUUCGCUGUCAAUCUUUGAAGAAUACGAGCAAAGACAGCAAGAAGACACCCACCCAUCCACACGUAGCAACAGGACUCAUGACACCGACAUCGCCACCUUAUCCACCUUAUGCAAGUGGGUUCAUCGACCCUGCAAUGUACGAGCAUCUUGUACGAGGCAACAACAACAACCAUGAAGACCAGCAACGUGGCACUGCAACGACUCACUAUGUUGCACACCCUCCCCCUCCUCCUCCUCACGUGCAGCAGCAUCCAGCAGCACCACCACCCCAUGUGGCAGCAGCAGCAGCAGCAGCAGGACAUCAUCAUCAUCAUCAUCAUCAACCCUAUCAAACUGCUUACGUUUAUCCUGACGUGUAUCCAAUGAGUCCACAAUUUCAAUAUUAUUCAGAUGGCAGCAGUUAUCCAGGAUCACCUGCUAUGCAUCCACAAUCACCACCUGUAAACCCAACAAGUCCGCCUUUCAGUCCACCGUUCCAGUACAGCAAUAUCACAUUGUCACCUCCUUUGCAUGCUGCUUACAUGAUUCCACCACCGCAUCAUUUCCCACCAUUGCAUAUUUCAUCCCCAAUCUUAACUGGAGCUGGUUCACCCCCUCAUCAUCAUCAUCAUCAUAUGCCAAGUGCUUUCAGCCUCGAUAAACGGCAUCAAGAAGACUAUCAGUAUCAUACUCAUAACGUCUAUGUACGUGGUCUAGCGGAGUCCAUCACGGAUGAAACAUUCGAAGACUUAUGCAAAGAAUUUGGCACCAUUGUAUCCACCAAAGCUAUGAUUGAUCAAAAAACAGGUCUCUGCAAAGGAUAUGGAUUUGCAAUGUAUGAGAAGGAAGAGGAUUGUGAAAAGGCUAUCAAUGAGCUCAACAAGAAAGGAUUACAAGCUUCUUUUGCCAGAGUGGGUCAGGAAUCAUUCAGCUCCCGACUCAAGAGUUUGCAAGACGAAGGUUCAACCAACAUUUAUGUCUCAAAUCUCCCAUUGGAUAUGACUGAGCAGAAACUCGAAGCACUUUUUCAUCCAUACAAGACCGUGUCUAACAGAAUCUUACGUGAUCCAAGAUCGGGUAUUAGUCGAGGUGUCGGAUUUGCGAGAUUAUCAGAUCGACCUUCAGCUUUAGCUAUCAUUGAAAAAUUCAAUGGCCACACCGUGGAUGGUUCCUCGGCACCGUUGCAAGUGCGAUUUGCUGAUUCGCCCGCUCAGAAAAAGCUCAAGAGCCAAACGGCACGCAAGAAAAUGUUUAGAUCACCACGAGAGUUUCAGCCCAUGACAGCCGGCUUUCCUCAACCACUCCCUGGAACUAUGGCAGCAAGUAUAGCAGCUGUGGCAACGGCAGCAGGUGCAGGUGCAAGACCUAUGCCAAUUACACCUGAAGCUAUGCUUGGUAUGGCACCUGUGGGCGAACCCGUACACUAUGCCGAUCCUUCUCAAUCCAUGCAUCAAGCUACGCCCAAAGAAACUGCAAGCGUAGAACCAUCAUCCACUCCCACCCCCACCAAAGAGAAUGAUGCAAAGGACAAUGAUGUAGAUGAGCUUAUUACUGAGACAAAGCAAAAGUUGAAUGUGUCAUGCGAUUAA